AUGUCUAGCAACAACUAUUCCAUCCAUUCCAUCAUUGCGGCGUACGGCCUCGGCAUCACCCCGCAUGGAUACUACAUUGUGAAAAUGAUGGCCAACGCCAAAGGGCAGUCAAGCAACAUUUUGCCCCGGGAGAAUCUGUCCAAUCUGAAGGGGCGCAUUCCCGGUCAAGUCUGGGACAAACUCGCCAGGGCCCGGGGGCCCAUCUCAAUGCUCUGGAGGGAGUUCCCAUGUUCGCCGCUGCAAUGGCAACUGGCCGGUAACCUGGCAAAGCUUCCCGCGAAAGACUUGAACUGGUUUGCCUUUGACUAUCUCUGCGCUCGCGUACUUUACACCAUGGCUUACAUGGGCGUUAAGUCUGAAGCUGCAAGCUAUUUGCGGACUGGACUUUGGGCGUGGAGUAUCUCAGUUCCAAUUUUGGUUCUUCUCAAGUCGGCGAACUCUAUUCAGGGACAAAAUUGA